AUGCCCAGUGGGGGCGGGCUGGAUGCGGCGGGAGAACCGCAGCGGCCACACUCUGCCGCAUUCUGGGCGGAAAUGGAAGCGCAGAGCAAAAAAUCGCUGGAGCUUAAGGUGAAAAUUGAGACAUUCUGCAGGCGUUGGUGUCCGGGACAAACGCAUCUGGUGCCGUUUUUGGCCGUUGAGUUUUGUGGGCGCGAAGAGGAACUUGAGGCGCUAUUGCUUGCCAUGUACGGUCACUCACUAGCAGAAGCACCGCGCGCGUCAGGCGACGCAGCGAAGGAGGAAGAGGAGACUCCUCCUCCGUCGGUGGCUGCCAGCGUUGCGGCUGCUACUGCUACUGCUACUGCUGCCUGUCAUUCUGACUCCAGCUUUAUGAAGCAGGCCGUGGCUCUUUCAUCCUUCUUUGGUCUUGGCCGUCACUUUGUGCCAGCCGUCUAUGCGCAGACGAAGCACACGCAGGAUCGAAGACGAAAUUCUUGGGGUGUGUGGAGGCCGAAGGAUGAGCAAGAGGGUGCAGCGGGAAGCUUAGAAAAAGAGGAAGAGCUGAGUAUAGAACAAACAGUCCUUUUUGAGGUGCUUGCCACCCUUUUCCCUGACUUUUUGUGCGAGGCUAUGGAGGAGGGUAACCAGCGCACCGCUUUUCUGGCCAAGAGGCUAGCCACUUUUUUAGCGUUUCAUGAGCCGGACAGUAGCGUGAGGAAGUAUUUUGCAUCGCACAACAAUGGCACGGAUGUGGGAAACAUGCUCCGUAGUAUGUUUGUUCAACACUACGCAUCUCUCAUCAAGGAGUAUGCGGUGACAGAUCUUUCUCCUGAUGACCUGGACGAAUUGGCCUCUCCCUCCUCCAGUAGUGUUGUCUCGGUGGAGUCUGCUGGUGGUGGUGAAGACGCGGAGAGUCGACGCCGCAGGACGAAGACGAGGUUGCGUGAUUGGGCUGCAGAAUAUGGCCUGUCUGCGUGUUUCCCUCCAAUCCCUUCUAGAUCCUGCCCCGAGCUCCAUGAUGUGGCGGUUGACACCGGGGAAUUGACUGCGGCAGAGAAAAUGGGGCUUGUGAAGUCGCGCUUGAGCCGCACAGAACGGGGAACCAUGACGCAAGCACAGCUAACAAACUGUGGUGUUGGCUGUUUCCCUGCAGCGACGCGUCGGCUCUACGGUGUAGGAAGACCGCUUUUGGGCGGGGCUCGUAAUGUGGCUCAUACGGCGGCAACUCAGUGGAGACAGAACUGGGUUACGGAUCCAGGUGAGUACACACCGCCAACUUCUUCCAUCGUGUUGGAAACCAGCAGCUGUCAGAAGUGUCGCUUCCUAGAGGCGCAACUGACGGAGGCUAAGGCGGCUCUUCAGCAUGUUUACAGUAUGGCUGUUGCCAAUGAAGAGAAGCAAUUUGAUAACGAGGCCUCCUACUAUGCCAAGCAGGAGCAAUUUCUUUCUCUUGCCGCUGCGCUUGGAGUGGAUGGUUCCUCUUUAAAUAACACUGUACCAUUACAUUUGCUUCAAACGUUUCAUGAGUGUGUCAAUUGCAAAGACCUGCGUCUGCACAUUAAAUCGCUGGAACAAAAGCUGCGAGAAAGCUAUGAUAAUCAUCGUGAGCUUCUUGUCAAGAUGCGGCGCGGCCAACUCUCACCACCGCCUCAUCUGCGGGUAAUAUUGCCUUCUGUUGGGGGGAUGGAGAGAAGGAGCGUCUCCACUAUGACCGAGCUAACGGGAGAAGAGUUGGAUACGUUUGUUGGGUAUAUGUUCCUGGAAUCCCUGUAG